AAGGCAAGGGAAAAACUACUUAUAACUAAUAAUAAUACAUGCCAAAAUACAUUAGAAACAUAUUAACUAUGAAGAAUACUUAGAUAGUGUGAUGUAGGUGCUACCGGUCAUUUAUCGAUGGCAAUAAAUGGACUAUGGAAAGUUCCAUGGUGUGUGACGUAGGGUGGCGUGAUCAUGUCAGCACCACCCUUGCCCAUCAGCACCCACUAUCCACACUCAUACAUACACUGCGUGUAACCGGAUAAAACCUCUAUGGCUUGCGGCUUCACCCUCAACACCUGUACGUAACUUCCGAGGGUGGUAAGGUUUGCCUGGAUUCUGUCCCUGACUUUCGACCAUUGCCGCACAGGUGAAACUUUACCCUUGCACUGGGAGAACCUGGAGGCAAGCGAGGGAGACACAACGAACAACGCAGAGCCCUGGGGUUUGGAUCAGUGUGGUCAGUGUCUUGGGCACAUAACAAACAGCACUAGAUAUCUGAGUCAGUCUUCAACAAUCCCAAUCUUUGAAGACGAUGUCGAAGGAAAGCGUUACAUUCCUUACGGAGGAGGAGCAGCAGGAGCUCAAGUCCAAGUUCUUGGGCUUCCGCCAAGGUCUGGUGGGAGUGGGUCCCAGCCGUCACCUCCUUCCCCCUCACUGCAUGGGGUUCACCAAGAAAUAUAAAGACUUUAAGUUUGAUUCAAUACAUGCAGUGCACAGGGACAUCCGCCCAGACCUUGUCGCCAAGUUUCUGUCUCGCCACCCGGAUCGGGAUCCCAGAACCGGGGGUAUAUUCUUAGAACUGGCUGAGAUGGCCCCCGCACCCAGAACCAUCAAAACUCACCUACCUUUCUCUUUGUUACCUCCAGACAUUCUAGAAACAUGCAAGGUGGUGUAUGUGGCCAGAAAUCCGCGGGACGUCUGCGUCUCUUUUUACCACCACCAGAGUUCCUUGGGCUCGGCGGAAUUCAUAGGAGACUUUUCAGACUUUGUGGACUUUUGGUGCCGUGACUUGUACCUUCAGGCGCCUUUCUGGGGCCACCUGAAGGAGGCUUGGGCAAAGCGACAGCACCGCAACCUUCUUUUCCUCUUCUACGAGGAUAUGAAAGAAAAUCAUAUGAGGGAAGUAAAGCGCCUCGAUGCCUUCCUUGGUACGGGACUGUCGGAGGAGCAGCUGCGGCAGGUGGCUGAACACACCAGUAUUUCGCAAAUGAAAAGCAGGUCGUCUGUCAAUCCCCCACUGUCUGUUUACACUGAAAGGGCGCGAAAGGAAGGAAGAAAAGAUUUUAUUAGAAAAGGAGCCAUUGGUGACUGGGUCAAUUACUUCACACCAGAGCUGGAGACAAAGUUCCAAGCAUGGCUGAAGACAGGUGAAGAAAUUGCCAAGGAAAUUCCUUUUAAGUAUAAGGCCGAGCUGGCGGACACCUCUGGGAAGUAGAAUCUCAAGUGGUCUAUGCCCACCAUCAUCCAAAGGAAAGGCAAACGGAAGAGAGCAGUUUCACGAGUGCACAGCUUAGCAAACCCUUAAGCAUUGUGAAAGUUGUGGAGAUAUUUAGUGAUUUUUUUUCGUGAAAUAUUGAGCUUUAGCCGGAGGCGAUUUUGUUAUGAGGUAUCCAAAUUUUAAAAUGGUUUAUAUAAUGAUGCCGCAGACUAUAGUACUGCAGUCAUUUAGUUGCACUGCAUAACAUAGGGUUCAGAAAUUAUCUAUAUUUAGACUACAGUAUACAAAAAAAGUCAGCUUUGUAUGUGGCCACUGCCUGUGAAGCAUGUUUGUGUGUGCAGACAUGUUCCCUACACAAUGGCCAGAGAUAAUAGGAAAAGAUGGGAAGAAAAUGGUACACUCAUCAAUAUAAUAAUCUUUACGUUCAUCUUGCUAUCAGUGUGAUAACCUACCCUGCCAACCCGCUCUCUCUCUCUCUCUCUCUCUCUCUCUCUCUCUCUCUCUCUCUCUCUCUCUCCCCAAAAUUUGAAUACUCUUAGGUUUUUGGUGUGCAUUUAUGAUAUUUGUUGCAAUAGUCAAAAUAAUGGAAUACGCUGAGGUGACUUUCUGGAGGAACGUUUAUAUGUAGCCUCACCGGAAUUUUUCGUUAUAUUGUAGAGCACCUUUAGAUAGUUUCGUCGACAGCUAAAGCUAAUAAGCCUUUGUGUAGUCUUAUGUAUUGGUUGCAUCUUGUGUUGUGAUGAUUUAUAGUUGGAAGGCUGUUCGUUAAUAGUUAAAAGACACCGUUCAUGUAACAAUGAAGGUAUCAACACUGAAUUAAGGCAUCUUCUAUAUUGGUUCUUAGUUUUGUGCACAUACAAUAUUACUUAUAAACAACAGUAUUAAAAAGUAGGGAGUCUUGAAGACAAUACAUAGGUAUGUUUCAUUAUAAACCUUUACAUAUAAACUCAUAGACGUAAGCUUACAUGGAAUCUUAGCAACAUUGAUUUCAGUAAAUGUUAAUGAUAAUA